AUGGCUAAAGACGUAAUCUCAGAAAUUAUCGAAGACCACAAGAUCAUCAAGAAUCUUUGGCAACGCUUUGAAGGAGAAACAAAUAAUCGUGAAAGUCAGAAAAUUGCUAAUACUAUAAUUCGCGAAAUUGCAAUUCAUUCACAUUGUGAAGAAAUCCAUGUUUAUCCCUUGCUUGAAAAUCAUCUUCCUAACGGAAAAGAAGUAGCUGAUCAUAAUCGUGAAGAACAUCUUCAAAUCAAGAAUGAUCUCGCGAAAUUAGAUGGAAUGAAUGUUGUUGAUAGUGGGUAUAAAAAUCUCUUUGAUAAAGUUAUGAAGGAAUUCGAAAAACAUGUCGAAGAGGAAGAAAAUGACAUUUAUCCUAAAUUCAAAGAAUCCAUUUCUACUGACCUUCUUAAUGAACUUGGUGAAAACCCUCAUCCUAGCGCUCCUGAUAAGCCACCAGCAGAAACUAUUGAUUUCACUAAACAAUAUAACCGCCUAAAACAACAAUUACAAUUAAAUUCAUUUGAAUCGAAAACCGCAACAAAUAUUGUUCAAAAAAGUUCAAUUACUUUAAACAAUACAAAGAAGACAAGUAAGAGAUCACAAUUUUCUUUACAACAAGAAGAUAAGAUGAAAUCAUUGAACAAAUAUGCUAAUAGAAUUCAUCUUGGUAAAUGA